AUGUCUCGGCAUCGGGGCGGCUACACCCCGCAACCUCUCCCAGAACGGCGCGAAACUUCUCGUGGCAUCAUGGGCUUCUUCAAGCGCUUCCGCCGCCAAAAGAGUCCCAAGAAGACAGCCUCGCUUCCGCGCAACGACCUCUAUGCCCCGACAACAUACGCCUACCAUGGCCCCGACCAGACGCAGCGCCUCCCUGACACGGUCCUGCGCCGCAUCUUCGAGGAAGUCUGCCCCCACUCAGCCGACGAAACCCUCCAGGGCAGCGAGGACAGUGGCAAUGAUGGCUGCAUGAGCUGUGACAUGCGCGACCUGGCCCAUUGCGCCCUGACCAGGCGACAGUGGUAUGGCAUUGCUGCUGGUCUGCUAUACAACAGCAUACGCAUUGAUGCCGUGCAUUAUUGCGAGCUCGAGGAAAUCUAUGCCGACCAGCGACGGCGGAAAUCUCGCAACGGCGAAGACAUCGAUGCCCCCACGCUGCGACUCCAGCAGCUCUCCCAGAGCGUGCGAGACAACCAAUACCUCGGCCACCGUGUCCGCUUCAUCAAGCUACCGUACAUGACACGAGAGUCGUGCAAGGCUGAUCUGGCACGCGCCGUCUCGGGCUGUCCCAAUCUCGAGUUUGUCGAUUUGCCAGACGGCUUCUACAACGGCGACCCCUCGUGCCAGCUGCUGCGGCAAGAACUCCAGGUACGAUGUCCUCAUAUCCGCAAGAUGAGGUAUCUCGAGGGAGGCGAGCAGGCACUGGAGACGCUGCUCCAAGGCUAUUGGCAAGAACUGCGGGUGGUGGAACUCAACAAGAUUCACAUCGAGCCGAGCGUGCUGAGGCAGGUCCUUGGUAUGCUCCCUCGCUUGAGCGAGUUGAUCGUCGUCAAUGUCCAGUGGAUGAAUGACUCCACUUUCCACGAUGCUCCAGGCUUGCCCUACUUCCCAGCCCUGGACACGCUCAAACUGGAAAAGGUGCAUGGCAUCACGGCAGAAGGCAUAGCGCAGUACCUUUCCAGCCCCAUGUCCGGCCACCGCCUGAAGACGCUCGUGAUCAAGAACUGCCAUGGUCUCCCUCCCACCUCACUGCACCAGGUGCUAGCGGCAGCCUACAAACUGCAUACCCUCGAGUAUAACACGGUCGUGUCUGCGUCGUUGCCUCUGGACCCAAUACCACCCAUGGCCUCCAAUACCCUGCACAAGCUCAACUACGAGAUUGUCACGAGCAACACACAUCAGGCCUACCCAGCCGGCGCAUCCUACUACCAAUACCUCGCCAAGUCCCUCCUGUCCAACUCGCUCCCCGCCCUACGACAGCUCUACGUACGCGACCCAGACUUCCCAGAGAUUCUCACGCUUGCACCUCCCAUCCGCCCCUUUAGCGAAGCACCGCCGCCCACGUUCAACCAGCCUCUGGAGGUCUAUUCGAAGGGCCUCGACGAACUGGAAUGGAUCUUCACGUCCAUCAUUCCCCCGGACGGUCCUGGACGCCGCAUGUCCAUGGCAGGUGGUCGCCCACUCAGCAGCUACUCUGCGCACAAGGGCCUCGGGCCACAGUGGGGCGGCGACGCAAGGAAGAGUGUUGUUGUGCCCAAUGGUUUUGGAGGAUUCUUGGCCAUCCCCGCGGACGAUGCCAGGCCGCGGAGCGCGGGACACGCUACCCCGAGUGGUGGCUUUGGUCACGGGUAUUCAAACUCUCUGGGUAAUCACAGCGAGUUCGCUCCUCCGCGCGCUAGCUGGAUGAGCCACUCUGGGCGGGAGAAGCGGGCGUCGAGAGCGGAUCUUUGGCGAUGA